GGAUCAUGGCCCAAGUUGCAAUGUCCACCCUGCCCGUUGAAGAUGAGGAGUCCUCGGAGAGCAGGAUGGUGGUGACAUUCCUCAUGUCAGCUCUCGAGUCCAUGUGUAAAGAAUUGGCCAAGUCCAAAGCCGAAGUGGCCUGCAUUGCAGUGUAUGAAACAGACGUGUUUGUCGUCGGAACUGAAAGAGGACGUGCUUUUGUCAAUACCAGAAAGGAUUUUCAAAAAGAUUUUGUAAAAUAUUGUGUUGAAGAAGAAGAAAAGGUUGCAGAGAUGCAUAAAAUGAAAUCUACAACCCAGGCAAAUCGAAUGAGUGUAGAUGCUGUAGAAAUUGAAACACUCAGAAAAACAGUUGAGGACUAUUUCUGCUUUUGUUAUGGGAAAGCUUUAGGCAAAUCCACAGUGGUACCUGUACCAUAUGAGAAGAUGCUACAAGACCAGUCAGCUUUGAGGACGGGGCUUCCAGAUGGUUUUGCCUUUAAACACCCUGAGAAUUGUGAUCUUGCAACCCUGAAAUGGAUUUUGGAGAACAAAGCAGGGAUUUCAUUCAUCAUUAAGAGACCUUUCUUAGAGCCAAAGAAGCAUCUCGGUGGUCGUGUGAUGGUAACAGAUGCUGACAGGUCGAUACUAUCUCCAGGUGGAAGUUGUGGUCCCAUCAAAGUGAAAACUGAACCCACAGAAGAUUCUGGCAUUUCCCUGGAAAUGGCAGCUGUGACGGUAAAGGAAGAAUCAGAAGAUCCUGAUUAUUAUCAAUAUAACAUUCAAGGAAGCCAUCAUUCUUCAGAGGGCAAUGAAGGCACAGAAAUGGAAGUCCCAGCAGAAGGUUAG